AUGCAGUGUACAAGACGCCUACUAGCUCCGCCUGGCUUCUGGAAGCGGAGUUUACAGGAACUCUCGAGGCUGUCGAGCAUUGCUCUCAAGGCCGAAGCAAUCAACCGCCCCGACAAACCCUUCCCUCUAAUCACUUUCGACAAACCAGACUCGCACGAAGUAUGCAAAGUCAUGUCCGACGAAGACAUGGGCGGCUUCUCCACCGUCAACUUCGACUUUGUUCCCGCACAAGCACAAGAUCCUCCGCACAUCCGCUUCCACGGCACAAUCUCGAACGAACUUCCCACCGACAGACCAAAUAUUCAAAGAUCCGGCUAUGCAGCUUGGCGUACAAGAGACAUGGGUCGCAAUCUAUUCGGCAAAGGCCUCUGGGAUCUCGAUUCGUACGCCUACAUUGCUCUCAAAGUCAAGAGUGACGCUCGCAAAUAUUUUGUCAAUGUCCAGACAGAGUCGAUCGUGCCCACGGAUCUGCACCAACACCGUUUAUAUGCUCAAAAACCUGGCAGUUGGGAGACGGUCAUUGUGCCUAUUAGCGAGUUCGUCCGUACAAACCACGGUAUGGUCGUCGAGCCUCAAAGCGAUAUGAUGCGUCAAAAGGUUAGAAGCAUUGGCAUUGGCUUGAUCGAUCGUGUCCCUGGACCCUUUGAUCUCUGCAUUGCCGACAUCUAUGCUACCAACAAUGCUGGCGGCAAGGACUUCAACAAGAAGCCUGCUAUAGAUGAUCAGGAUUUGGAGAGCGAUGGUCUGUUGGUCAAGAAAUAG